AUGGCGGACACCAUGUGCGCGGGAGGCAAGGGAAAGACCAGCUCUCUCCAUGCGCUCACAAUUACCAUCGCAGCUCCUGCCUUCCGACCCUACCACACAGGGAAGCAGGACAACUCUCGCCUACCCCUGAAGCCAUCCAAACCAGCGACAACAGCGGCUGCACCGAGGGGAUGGCGCUACACGGAACACCAACAUUCCCGCCUUGAAGGACCGAGCUUACUGCCAAGCGAGAAACCCCAGCACACCACCCGACCUCUUACUUCCAUCCAGCUUGCACUGAGGCAACACAGAAACCGGCAUACCCGAGCAGCCGUCACCAAACCCUCUACAAUGGCGGUCCCAGAUGAACAAAAGAGGCAAGCGCAACAAGCUACAGCGGAAACACAAGAGAUCCCAGCAAGCAACCCAAUGCACAACAUGGAGGGACUGUGCCCUGAUGCCUGCUCUGAUGAACACUCACUCCCAGCUACUCAGAAACAGAGCAGGUAUCGGGUAGUGGCGGGACUCCCCCUGUCUGUGAGGUCUUGGGACCACCAUGAUGGCAGCCCUCUCCACUGGGCCGAUUAA